UUUUCUUGUUUAUGCAAUACAAAUAAACAAAUACAAACAAGGGUUGAAUAUUUUCAUCGUCUUUUCAAGGUCAAUUUACAAUUUGAUGUGUACAUAUGAUGAUGUAAGGGGGUAAAUAAUAUCGCCUACGAUAUUUAUCAAAUCAAAUCAUUUAUAAACGCCAACACCUGCAAACGUGUCUGCAAUCAAGCUUUUUUUUUGCAAGUUACUCAAUGAUUCAUUCGAUUCUUACAAAACGUUUGGAAAAUUUUUCCAAUCGAAUCAUUUGAUUAAAGUGAUUCGAAAAAGACACCUGUUGAAUGUUUUGAUUCAUUUUUUGUUUGUUUGUUAUUGAAUUUCUUUCGUUUGAUUUGAUUUUAGUAGUUUUUUUUCCCGGUUAAAAAACAAACACGAUGGCACCGAAAAAAGCAAUCGGUAUUGAUCUUGGUACUACAUAUUCAUGUGUUGGUGUAUUUCAACAUGGAAAAGUAGAAAUCAUUGCCAAUGAACAAGGAAAUCGUACAACACCAAGUUAUGUGGCAUUUACCGAUACUGAAAGAUUGAUUGGUGAUGCGGCAAAAAAUCAGGUUGCAAUGAAUCCAACCAAUACUGUUUUCGAUGCAAAACGUUUGAUUGGUAGACGUUUUGAUGAUCAAUCCGUACAAUCGGAUAUGAAACAUUGGCCAUUUAAAGUGGUGAAUGAAAAAGGAAAACCAAAAAUUCAAGUUGAAUAUAAAGAUGAAAUGAAAAGAUUUUUUCCGGAAGAAAUAUCUUCAAUGGUAUUGAUAAAAAUGAAAGAAGUGGCUGAAGCUUAUCUUGGUACAACUGUAAAUGAUGCAGUCAUAACGGUGCCAGCAUAUUUCAAUGAUUCACAACGUCAAGCAACUAAAGAUGCUGGUACUAUUGCCGGAUUGAAUGUAUUACGUAUAAUAAAUGAACCAACAGCAGCUGCUAUAGCAUAUGGAUUGGAUAAAAAGAAAACUGAUAAACAUGAAAGAAAUGUGCUCAUAUUUGAUCUUGGUGGUGGAACAUUCGAUGUAUCCAUUCUUGUCAUUGAUGGUGGUAUAUUUGAGGUAAAAUCAACUGCUGGUGAUACACAUUUAGGUGGUGAAGAUUUCGAUAGUCGUUUGGUUAAUCAUUUUGUGGAAGAAUUUCGUAGAAAAAAUCAUAAAGAUUUAACAACAAAUAAACGUGCACUUCGACGUUUACGUACCGCUUGUGAACGUGCAAAACGUACAUUAUCAUCAUCAACACAAACAACGAUUGAAAUUGAUUCAUUAUUUGAUGGACAAGAUUUCUAUUCCAAUAUAACUCGUGCACGUUUUGAAGAACUUUGUCAUGAUUUAUUUCGAUCAACACUUGGACCAGUAGAAAAAGCAUUGACUGAUGCUAAAUUGGAUAAAUAUCAGAUUGAAGAAAUUGUUCUGGUUGGUGGUUCGACAAGAAUACCAAAAAUACAGAAAUUAUUAUCAGAAUUUUUCGGUGGUAAAGAAUUGAAUAAAUCGAUUAAUCCAGAUGAAGCGGUAGCAUAUGGAGCAGCAGUACAGGCAGCCAUUCUGAUUGGUGAUAAAUCGGAUACAGUUAAAGAUUUACUUUUGUUGGAUGUAACACCAUUAUCUUUGGGCAUUGAAACGGCCGGUGGUGUAAUGUCCAUAUUGAUCAAACGUAAUACAACAAUACCGGCUAAACAACAGCAAACAUUCACAACAUAUUCGGAUAAUCAAUCCGGUGUUACCGUACAGGUAUAUGAAGGUGAACGUGCAAUGACCAAAGAUAAUAAUCUAUUGGGACGAUUCGAUUUGAAUGGUAUACCACCGGCACCACGUGGUGUGCCACAGAUUGAAGUUCAAUUCGAUAUUGAUGCCAAUGGUAUUCUACAUGUAUCGGCACAGGAUAAAAGUACUGGUAAACGUAAUAAUAUCACCAUUACAAAUGAUAAAGGACGAUUAUCAAAACAAGAGAUUGAUAAAAUGAUUAAAGAUGCUGAACGUUUCAAAGAUGAAGAUGAACAACAACGUGAACGUGUUAUAUCCAAAAAUAAAUUAGAAUCAUAUGCUUAUCAUUUACGAAAUAUUAUUGAAGAUGAUGAACAAAUUCGUUCGAAAAUUUCUCAAUCAGAUAGGGAUAAAAUUGUGGAUAAAGUAAAAAAUACAAUCUCAUGGAUGGAUGCAAAUCAAUUGGCAAGUAAAGAAGAAUUUGAAUAUCGUUAUAAAGAAUUGGAAAAUGUUUGUCGUCCGAUCAUGUCGAAAUUGUAUCGAACAAAUGGUGGUGGUAGUAGUGGUGGUGGUGGUGGUGAUGAUGGACCAAAAAUUGAAGAAGUUGAUUGA